AUGGACCUUCCAACUUCACCACUACCCCGAGCACGACCGCCCCGACCGCUUCCCCCGCCAGCGCCCUUCCCGCCCGCGUACAUCAGCCCACCCUCAUCCGCGUCCUCCCUCCUCCCCGAAGAGCUGACCGCCCCCGACGCGCUGCGCGUCCCGGUCUCCUGGCGCUGCGGCACCUGCGCCGCCACCCGCCCGGUUCUCGAGUUGAUGACCCGGCCGUUCCUCUCCUCACCACCAUCACCAUCACCAUCACCACCGCCACCACCAUCAUCGUCAUCAUCAGCAGACAACGCCGCCGCCCCGACAAGCGACAGCGGCAUCAUCACCACCUGCUGCGCGACCCCCUCGCUGCAGGCCGUCUACGACCAGUUCGGGCACAUCUACCUCUUCUGGCGGGACGACCCGGCCGUGGCCGACCUGCGGGACCCGCGCAUGGCGCGCGAGGCGCGCCGCCGCGUGUGGAGCGCCGGCGGCGCGUGCUGGGAUGCCGUGGUGUCCUCGUCCCAGGCCUCGAGGGCAAUCCAGUGCGGCGAGUGA